AACAAAUACAGCAUUCGCGCCCGUACAACUUCUUCCUAGUCAAUCCAUCAUAAAAAUAUGGCACCAUUGGCCUGUUCUUCUUCUCCAGUUCUAUUGCUUCCAUUGGAGGAGACAACCUCAUUCAUGCAUAACAAUGUACUCCGCCAGAACUUGAAGAAAACCAUUCCCAUAGGUUCCUCCUAUGGAUGGCUCAUCCUCUUGGACGAAACCACCUCAGAACCUUUUCUUCUGAACCCCUUCGAUCAAACCAAAAUCCAACUCCCAAAGAAAAGCACUUUUCCCCACAUCACCUCCAUCAAGACUCAUUCUUUCUCCGGCCAAGAAGAAGAACACCUGACCGUCGAAUACAAAGGUUCUUCUGCUGCACGAGUUUUCACUCCCAUGGAAGACAAAAGACCCCUUCUUUCAAUCAAGAAAGCUGUCCUUUCCGCAAAUCCUAGCACAAACAAAGAUUUCGUGGUCUUUGUUUUAUAUGGAGAAGAUGAUAAAGUUGCAUAUUGCAGGAAUGGGGACAAGGAUUGGAGGAACUUAGGAGGCCAAUGUGGGCCCUGCUAUGACAUCACUUGUUUGAAUGGUAUGAUGUAUGCUUUGGGGAAAAGAUUAUCAGUUGAAAGAUGGGAUUCUUCUUCUUUAAAGAAAACGGGAGUCAUCCAUCCGCCACUUCCCAGAGGGUUGUUUGAUGACAGGGAAGAAUUCCCAGCAGAUCUUUACGCAAGAAAGUGGUAUAUAAUCCCUUUCAAAUCUGGAGAGAUGUUCUUUGUGGUUAGACACAUUGGAGAGUUUGUUACUGAGGAAGGUAAAGUUGUAUAUGAGGAAGCUAUGUAUGAAGACGGGGAUAUGAUGAUCUGUCCUUACAGAACAAUGGGCUUCCGUGUUUAUAAGCUGGACAUGUGGACAGAAACAUGGGAGCCAGUGAAAACCUUGAACGGUCGGGUGGUGUUUCUGGGAGGGAACCAUUCGGUUUCUCUGCUCGGGUCGGAUCAUCCGAACCGCAAACCUGACUGUAUUUACUUCACAGAUGAUUAUUGGGACAGGGUCGAUGAGGAUUACUCGUAUGGAGGCCAUGAUAUGGGAGUAUUCUGUUUGAAGGAUAAUACUUUCGAGCAUUUUCUUGAUUUUCAUCUGCAGAAGUUCACACCACCUCCCUUUUGGCUUAUUCCUGAUUCUAGUUAGUUUUUUUAGCUAUUUAUUUAUAUAUAAAAGCAAAUUAACAUCAAAGCAGGGCGUUUCUUGAAUGUAUACAUUUAUAAAUAUUUAUGAUAUAUAUGAAAGAGGACCAUAAAUUUAGAUGAUGC